AUGCCAGAAAUUUUGACAGUUCCAGAAGAUCAAGAGACGGCGAAACUGGAUGCAUUCCGUAAAUACCCUUGUAUUCCAGUUAUAUUACAUGGAGCAAUAAUAGUGGCCAAAUUAGUUGAGAACCUCUUUGGCGUUCAAAACGCCGAGAACGGUUCCCUUAUUGUAUUGAACAAUAUUGUCGGCAAUUUCCGAGGCGACGCGGAGUUGAGCGUCGAUUGUAGAGGCUCCAAGAUGUGGCGUAGCAAUGACGAGAGGGUGAUCGAUAAACUCUCUGAAGGUUGGUGGUUCUGGCUCGAAGACGUCAAAGGCGGCUCCCUUAGCGUGACCAGCAUUGAGAGAAUCCACAAGAUCUUGUUCAUUGACGAUUCCUCCACGAGCCACAUUGACAAUACGGACUCCUUUCUUGCAUUGGGCGAGAGCUGA